AUGAAGAAACUGAGGAUUUAUAUAUAUGCAAAACAGAAGACAAUGAAAAGAAAGGUAACAAAAGUUGGAAACUUUAGGCUUAGUCCCAAUGAGGAAGCCUUUCUUUUGAAGGAAGAAUAUGAAAGAAGGCGAAAACAAAGAUUACUACAGGUUAGAGAACAGGAAAGAUGUAUUGCUUUGCAGAUAAGACAAGAAGUAAAACAGAGGAGAGAUAAGCACCUUCAUCAUUUGGCAGAAGAGUUGAAGGCAGAAUGGCAGACGAAACAAAAAGAGAAAAUCAAAGAACUGGAAAAACUGUAUAUAGCAAGCUUAAGAUCUGUGGGAGAGGCACAUCGCGAUGCCAAAGAAAAUGAACCUGAUUUAGAGUAUUUGGUAAAGCAAACAGAGGAAAGGCAACAAAGAGCAGAGGAAAGAGGUCAGAAAGCUCUGAAAAAAGUGAAAAAUCAAAAAGAAAAGCUCCUGAAACAAAAGACAUGGUAUAUAGAAACUCGUAAGAAAGUACUUCUUGAAGAAAAAGAGAGAGCUGCAAAAAUCGCAAGUCUACCACCUCCUCCUCCAAAUCCUUUUGAGAAUAUUGACAUAAAGGAAAUCUCUGCAUUAAAGACCACUUCUGCUAAAAGCUUUCCUACUUACCAUCAUCUUGACCCAGCUGUCAUAAGAGAGGAGGAUUUAAAACAGAAUAUUCACGUAAAGGAAAUCUCUGCAUUAAAGACCACUUCUGCUAAAAGCUUUCCUACUUACCAUUAUCUUAACCCAGCUGUCAUAAGAGAGGAGGAUUUAAAACAGAAUAUUCACGUGAAGGAAAUCUCUGCAUUAAAGACCACUUCUGCUGAAAGCUUUCCUACUUACCAUCAUCUUGACCCAGCUGUCAUAAGAGAGGAGGAUUUAAAACAGAAUAUUCACGUAAAGGAAAUCUCUGCAUUAAAGACCACUUCUGCUAAAAGCUUUCCUACUUACCAUCAUCUUGACUCAGCUGUCAUAAGAGAGGCGGAUUUGAAACAGAAUAUUCACGUAAAGGAAAUCUCUGCAUUAAAGACCACUUCUGCUAAUAGCUUUCUUACUUACCCAACUGUCAUAAGAGAGGAGGAUUUAAAACAGCCAGAUCCACAUUUGGCUGCUGAAGAAGAAACAAAGAGAUUGGAGGAACUACAGAAAGAAGCAAUACAAGAAAGGCGAGAACAGCUUGAAAAGGCUCACAUACGGGGAGUUCAUGCCAUGAGAAAAGUUCAUAUGGCUAAAUGCCAAGAGAAAAUAAUGAAAGAACUAGAACAGCUGCAACAAGAAGACUUGGUUCGUAGAAGGCAGAAUGUGGCCCAGAUGCCACCACAGGUGGUUGAGUUGCCAUAUAAACGCAUGGCAAUUAAAGAGGACUGGCAGAGGGAACUGGAGUUUGCCUUUGAAGAUAUGUACAACGAGGAUAAGAAGGUGAAAGGAGACCUAAUUUUGAAACUAGAGCCAGAGCCUUUGCCAGUUGCCACUGAACACAUCCAGGAUGGAGAACUGGAUCUUUCAAUGGAACAAGACGACUACAUGUCUGAGAUUCAGAACCAAGAGAGAAUGGAAGAAAAAACUCCACUUCUCACAGAAACAGAGAUGGUGCAAGGGACCUACCACGUACCUUCAACAUUCGUAUUUAAAAAAUUACUAGACAAAAUCCAAAGCCAGAGAUCCCAGUGGGCAAAUAAAUACAUUCCUGAAGAUGAAAGUGAAGUGACUAAAAUUUUUGCUGAUGGGGAAAGUGAGACAUUAUCAGUUGAGACAGGAACAAUUGCCAGUGAAGAAAAGCCAUUGCAUAAAUCAGAACAUAAACAGGAACAAGGUGAAACAAAACAGUUUACUGGCAUUGAAGACGAAACAAAACAACCUACUGGCAUUCAAGGUGAAACAUUCACAACUGAGUCGGGAACAAUUUCAAAAGAAGACCCAUUUGUAAAUUUUACAGAAUCUGGAAAGGAAAAGGAAUGCUUAGAAUCAUCUGAAAAUGAAAUUUCCCCGCUAGAUGAAGGGUCAGUUUCGCUUCAUCCUCAUGAAGAGGCAACUCGAAUUAGAACGGUAAUGAAGAGGCAAAAACAGAUGAUGAAACUUGAACAACAAAAGCAGAAGCAGCUGGAAUUAAUUAGACAGAUUGAACAACAGAAAAUAAGAUUGGAGAAUGAUUGCCUAAAGGCUAGAAAGACUCAGCUAGAAUAUGAGAGAAAAAAAAUGAAAGAAAGAACUCAACAGUUUUAUUCAAGAUAUAUGAAAUCUUACCCUUUUAUGGACCAGUGGAAGAAAGAAACUUAUGUAGCAUCUCAGCAUUUAAUUGUUGAUGCUCCAACAUUAGGCUUAAAAAUUUCCAGAGAGGAUUGGAAUAAACAAAUGAUUCACAACUACCAACAACAACUUAUACAGCAAAAGAGGUUUCACAGACAAUCCAUUGAUGCAGCCAGAAAACGUUUGCAUGAGUUUCAGAAUAUGUUAAAACAAAAAUACCCAUCCAUAUCAACCAAGUCCUUUUCAUCUGAUUUUGUUAAGCUGAAGAGUGAACCACUUGAUAGAAAACCAAUAACAUUCCAAUCUCUCUCUUACCAUCCAAGAGUACCAGAAUUGCCAAGUCUACAUUCACUACCAAAUUAUCCUGCAAUAAUGGGUGACUCCCACUUGUUUUCAUUAGAGAGCAGUAAACAGCUAUUCUCUGAACAGGGUACUCUUUCUUAUUCAGGGUCUCUAUUAAUUCAACCUUCAGUACUUUCUGCUGAACCUGAGUCUAAAUUUGGAAGUAUCCAAGAUCUUUUUUCAGCUAAGAAUCAAAGCCUACAACCCUCAAGUCAUUUCAUAAGUUCAGAGGAUAGCCAUUUCGUUUCUUCAGAUCAUAGCCUGGCUCAAAAGGAUCGUUUGAAGACAAUGCAAAAGCAGUUAGAUGUACAAAAGGAAACUCUUCAUAUUAGUGAGAAAAUCCCAGAAGAAUUGCUUAUAUAUAGACAGCAGCCUGAACUGGAAGAAAGAAUCCUUUCUGAUCAAACUGGGUCCUCUUCUUUAGUAGCAUUAUCCCCUCAUCACUCACUCACUUCAUCACCUUCUGCUGAAGCUGAAUCUGGAAGAAUCCAAGAACCCUUUGCAAUCAAGAAUGAGAGCAUAGUUCCCUCAAGCCAUUCCCUAUCGCAAAUAUUUCCAGAUAAGCUUUUAUUUUCUUCUGAGGAUACCCUGCAUCAGCAAUAUAAUCUGAACACAGUCCAAGAACAGUUGAAUAAACAAAAGAAAGCUCUGUACUUGUGCCUAAAAGCCCAGGCAAGCCUGGGUUUACAUAGAUCAGCUUCAGGAAAGGAAAAAGUACCUUCUAGUUCUAAUGUGUCCAUUAGUACUCCUUUAGUGCCACUGCUUCCUCAGCAUUCACUUAGUUCAUCAGUUUCUGCUGCAUCUGAAUCCCUUAUAACAGGGAGUGAGACUACAUCUCCUUCAAGACAUUCCACAACUCAGGAUAGAUAUUGGACUUCUUCAAAAUCCAUGCUAGCUCAGCAAGAUAAUUGGAAGGUAAUUGAAGAUAGGCAAAGGGACCAGGAAGAGACAUUGGUACAACCUAAGAGAGCUUUACAAGAAAAAUUAUUUCCUGAUCAGACUGACUCUUCUUUCCUACAACAGCAUUCAUUUACUUCACUACCUUCUACUGAGUCUGGAGGCAUCCAGAUAGCCAGUUCAUGUCCUUCAAUCCCUAACAUAAUGCAAAAGUGUCAGGAAAAGCUUUUGGAUUCUUCAGAGCACAUUCUUUCUCAAGAGGGUGAUUUGAACCUUCACCAAGAACAGUUGGCUGGAAAGAAGAAAGCUCUUCAGUUUAGUGAAAGUGCCCAGCAACAGACAAUAUUGAAUGAAAGAUUAUUUUCUGGUCAGACCAAUGAAAUUUCUGUGCCAUCCUUACCUCAGCAUUCAUCUACUCCACCAUCUUCUAAAUCUGAAGAAAUCCAAAACUCUUUUAUAGCCAAGAGUGAUAGCACACUUCCUUCAGGGUAUUCCACAAUCCUGGUAUUUCAAGAUAGAGUUUCUGGUUUAGAUGACAGCCAAUGUCCGCAAGAUAAUUUGAAAGCAAUACAGGAACAGUUGAAUAGACAGAAGGAAACCUUUCACUUUGACCAGAGAUCCCUAUUAAGGUACCUUAAUUACAAACAUGGUGCAUUGGAGGAAAGUACAUCUUCUAGUCAGACUGAUUUCUCUCCUUUAAUACCACAGUUUUCUCCGUACUCAAUUAGUAGUUCAUUGCCUUCACCUGAAACUGAGUCUAAAUCUGAUACUGGAGGAAUACAAGAACCUUUUUUAACUAAUCAGAACAUACUUCCCUCACACCAGUCUUCAAUCCACACAUUUCAAGAUAAACUUUCGGCUUCUUCGAAGCAUUUUUCAGCUGCUCAAGAGAAUUCAAAGGAGUUUCAGAAACCAUUCAGUAUACAAAAGGAAAUUUUGGAGAGGAAACAAAAAGCCCAUGAAGAAUGGCUUUUUCGAAGAAAGAAUAGGCUGCAAGAACGUAAGAAGUAUGAAGACUCAAUAAAGAAUUCUCUUCAUGAGAAUCAGGCAAAUAAGUCCACACCCCAAAAUGUGAAAGAAACACAAAGUACAGAGCAAUUCACAGAGUUAUCAUCUCUGUCACAAGAUGUAAGAAGUAAUUAUCAGGAAGAACUAAAUAAUGCAGAUAAGAGCAAAUUUGAUGCCAGUGAAUUGCUCUCAGAAAAUAUCAAUCCAGAUGAGCACACUGAUGAACUGCAAAACAGAGAGCAGAGGCAGAGACUUUCAAAACCACCUGUAGCAAAAAUCAGAUCACGGCUAGAUUUAAAUCAACAUGAACUUAGUACUAUUCAAGAAGUAGAAUCACCAAAAAGUGGCAGAGUUUAUAUUAAAGAGAAGAGAGAAUGUUAUGGAGAGGUGGCUUCCAAAUCAGCUUUAAGUGACUCAGAUUCUAGCAAUUUUGAAGAAACUGUUGAUCAAGGUAGAGAUCCUAUCAGGAUUUCAAUAAACCGAAUCCCAAGUUUGGAGAAUAUAUCACAAGAUAGUAAUCAGUCCAGUACCCUGCAGACUGCAAAGCCAGUUCAUAGUGGUAGAAAUGAUGGUCAGGCCAAGAAUGUGGUUGCUGAGAAUCAUGGAUUAUUCAGUUACGCUGCUGAUUUGGGGCAGGAAUUGCCUAUGUAUUCUGGUUCAGGUUUUAAGCCAAAAAAGAUAAUGCAAUAUGUACCAUGGUCAAUUAAUGACUUUGGUUCCCAGUCUCAUGCACAGGAGCUACAACAUGACCAGUCUUCAUUAACAGUAUCUAGUGGGAGCUUCUUAAGUAAUGAAAAGUUUCAUUUAAACCUUACAAAUUCAGAAUUUGAACAAACUUUUCCACAUUUACAUCAUCAGAUCUUUUAUCAUCUGGAACCAAAGUGUGACUUGGAUUUUUCAUCAUCUCUUUCUCCAUCUGGACUUUCUCAAGAUUUGAAUAGGAGCACAUAUCCUUCAACCCCUGAAAGCCAAGAUGCAUUUGGAUCUCGUGAAAGCACAACCUCCACCACAGCUAUGAAGACCAGCCUUCAUUCCUUUCUUGACAUAGAUUUGCAUUCUGCUUUGAAUAGAAUGACUCUUGGUUUCUCCCAAACUGAAGAUUUUCCUAAGGAAAAAACUACUUUGGCAAUGUCUGAAGAAUCAUUCCAGCCACUUCAGCCUGAAUCUACCCCAGGUGACAGAAGCCACUCUGUUGAUUUACCAAGCAUUAUCAGCAUUGAAGCUGAAGGACCUUCACAAGACUUUAGAAAUGAAAAUAUUCCUCCUAGAAAGCAGUAUGAGGAAUUACUGACACAAAAGGGAAGUGGUUGUUUCUCUCCAUCAGGGGAAAAUCUGCAAAGUCCUACUUUUAGUUCAUCUGAUGAUCCAGAUCUUUUUGGUAAAAUGAAGAUGCCACAUAGCACACCUUAUGAUUCUUCUUCAAGCAAGAGUUCAACAAAAGACCCAAUGGAAUCCAAGAAGGAGAAUUUGGGUUUUGAAGAAUUAUCUGAUGAAAUGAAAAGGAGUCAAACCGAAAUUAUUGCAGGUGCUCAGAGUGAAACAAAUAGUAGAUGUUUGGUCAGAGAUCCAAAGACAGUUUCAGAAAGUUCAAGUAGAACCAUAUCCAUUGAAGAAAAUGUGGAGAUCUUUAGAAAUACACCUCAACCACCACCAUCAUCAUUCUUAAUAAAUCUCAGAUCAUGUUCUUUCCAGAGCUCUAUACCAAUUUGGGAGACUGAGUCUGGACAGGGUAUCAUGGAAGAGCCUGAACUUACUUUAAUCAGUUCCUGUGGUAAUAGUAUUAUAGAGCCAGAGGAAAAUUUGAUCCAAGAAGAAAAUAAAGAGAAUGAAUUGAACAGCUGUUUUCAGGAGAUUGAGUCUGGACAGGGCAUCAUGGAAGAGGCUGAACUUACUUUAAUCAGUUGCUGUAGUAAUAGUAUUAUAGAGUCAGAGGAAAAUUUGUUCCAAGAAGAAAACAAAGAGAGUGAAUCAAACUGCUCUUUUCAGGUGGAACAAGAUGCAGAGUUGGAAGAUGACUUAUUUUGGAAAUCAGAUUUAACUGUUACAGAACCUCCUGAGGAGAGACCAUCUUCCUCCUUUCAGCCUCCAGGUACAUUCCAAAAAUCUACUUCUGCACCAGGAUGCUUACAAGAAGCAUUUGUAAAGAAGAGUUUCAAUGAACUAUCUUCACAAAAACAGACUGAAAUUAAAAAUAAAGCUCAAACUAAUGGAAAAUCUCAGUCUAAAUCAGCCUCAGAAAUUAAAGGAAAAAACUACCCAUCAGAGAGAAAGCUUACUGAGCCAACUUUGAAUCAGUUAAAGAAAGUGAAUGAAGUUAAAGUGUGUUCCCCUGAAGACAGGAAGACUGCAGAAACACUUAGGCAUCAACAGGCCUUGAGAUUAUAUAAUCAAAUAACUGAAGCAAGACAACAAAGGGAAGAGAAAGCAAGACAGGAAGCCUAUGUGAGAAAUAGAGAAAGAGCAAAAGAGUUUCAGAGGAAAACACUGGAGAAACUACGAGCAAACACCUUCUUCUAGGACAAAAGGACUUUGGAUGUUAUUUCAGGAUUUUAUCCAAUACUACAGAAUGCAUACUUGAUUCUUUUAAUUAAUUCCCCUAACUUGUAAAUAUUCCCUAAAAAAAUAUAAUUCAAUAAAUUUUUAUCACAAGUGAA